CGAGGUGGGUGGGAGGGGUGGGAGUCAAAGUUACCGGCUUGGGAACCGGUGGCCACAUCUAUGGAGCUGGGCCCCGCCGUGUCCCCCGGGCCUUCCCGCUCCUUCAAGGAGGAGCUGCUCUGUGCCGUCUGCUACGAUCCCUUCCGCGAUGCCGUGACUCUGCGCUGCGGCCACAACUUCUGCCGCGGGUGCGUGACCCGCUGCUGGGAGGUGCAGGUGACGCCCACCUGCCCGGUGUGCAAGGACCGCGCGGCCCUCGCCGACCUGCGCACUAACCACACCCUCAACAACCUGGUAGAGAAACUGCUGCGCGAGGAGUCCGAGGGCGCGCGCUGGGCGGGCCACCGAACCCCGCGCCUCUGCCGCCUGCACCGCGGCCAGUUCAGCCUCUUCUGCCUCGACGACAAGGAGCUGCUGUGCUGCUCGUGCCAGGCCGACUCCCGGCACCAAGGGCACCGCGUGCAGCCAGUGAAAGACACUGCCCACGACUUUCGGGCCAAGUGCAGGAACAUGGAGCAUGCGCUGAGGGAGAAAGCCAAGGCCUUCUGGGCUGUGCGGCGCUCCUAUGAGGCCAUCGCCAAGCAUAAUCAGGUGGAGGCUGCCUGGCUGGAAGGGCGAAUCCGGCAGGAGUUCGACAAGCUUCGCGAGUUCCUGAGAGUGGAGGAGCAAGCCAUCCUGGAUGCCAUGGCCGAGGAGGCGAGGGAGAAGCAGCGUCUGGCUGAAGGGAAGAUGAAGCGGCUGGCAGAGGACACAGAGGCUCUGGCCCAUGAGAUUGAGCGGCUGCAGGUGGAAAUGAAGGAGGAUGACGUUUCCUUUCUCAUGAAACACAAAAGCCGAAAACGCCGCCUCUUCUGCACCAUGGAGCCAGAGCCCGUCCAGCCCGGGAUGCUCAUCGACGUCUGCAAGUACCUGGAUUCCCUGCAGUACCGUGUCUGGAGGAAGAUGGUCACGUCCGUUGAAUCUGUGCCUUUCAGCUUCGAUCCCAAUACCGCGGCCGGCUGGCUCUCGGUGUCCAAUGACCUCACCAGCGUCACCAACCACGGCUACCGCGUGCAGGUGGAGAACCCAGAGCGCUUCUCCUCAGCGCCGUGCCUGCUGGGCUCCCGUGUCUUCUCGCAGGGCUCCCACACCUGGGAGGUGGACCUGGGGGGGCUGCCCAGCUGGCGGGUGGGUGUGAUGCGGCUGCAGCAGGACGCCGGCGCCGAAGGCCACUCGCACAGCUGCUACCACGACACCCGCUCGGGCUUCUGGUACGUGUGCCGCACGCAGGGCGUGGAGGGAGACCACUGCGUGACCUCGGACCCGGCCACGUCAGCCCUGGUCCCGGCCAUCCCCCGCCGCCUGCGCGUAGAGCUGGAGUGUGAGGAGGGCGAGCUGUCUUUCUACGACGCGGAGAGCCACUGCCACCUCUACACCUUCCACGCCCGCUUCGGGGAGGUGCGGCCCUACUUCUACCUGGGUGGCAUGCGGGGGGACGGGCCUGCCGAGCCUCUGCGCAUCUGCCCCCUGCGGAUCACUGUCAAGGAGGAGCUGGAUGGCUGAGGUUGGCCCGGAGCCGGAUGGAUGCUGCCUGGGACCGGGUCCGUGGUCCUGCUCUCUUUCUGCCCUUCCUCAGUCCACGUUCACCUCAGUACCUCUGAACCGACUGCCUCUGCCAGCAUCUUCCUGCUGACCUGUCUUGUCCUAUUCCUAUGGCUCCAGGCCCCAGACCUUCUCCUUCAUUUCUGGUCCCUUCUCUGCCCACGGUUAAAAGUCAUCCAGGAGACCCCUCACUCCCCAGAGCCAUGGCACCUUCAGGAUGUGAAUUUUCUAAACCCUAAUGCCAGGAUUUCUGGGGAUGACAUUUGCUUCUAGAAUGGGCCUGUUUUUUUUUGUUGUUUUUUUUGUGUUUUUUUUUUUUAAUUUUUUUUUCAAUGUUUUUAUUUAUUUUUGGGACAGAGAGAGACAGAGCAUGAACGGGGGAGGGGCAGAGAGAGAGGGAG